UCCUUCACCACCCUAUAAUUAGUUUCUACACAAAUCUUACUAGGAAAAAAUUUUAAAAAACAACCAAUUAUAUCCUAUCAAGAGUGAUCACAUAUAGAAAAGAAAGGAUCAAAUGAGUAAGAUUCAUCCGACGGAGAGCAAAAAGGUCGACGGUGCAGCGUCGGGAGCACUAGACCGUCACCCCUCGACGUGGACGGUGUGGAAGAGGUCGAGCAUGGCCUUUCAGGGGACCGACGGAUUCUCGGUGUACGACUGCGAGGGGCGGCUCGCGUUUCGCGUCGACAACUAUUCGAGGCGGCAUAAGUGCUUCUCGGGGGAGCUAGUCCUCAUGGAUGGCAAGGGAAAAGCACUUCUGACUCUAAAACCUCAGAUACUGAGCCUGUACGACCAAUGGGAUGGAUACAAGGGAGAAGAAGAAGAAGAAGAGGAUUGUAACAAAAGAUCCAAACUCCCUCUCUUCUCAAUGAGGAGGUGCUCGAUCCUUCAAAGCAGCGAUGAGGCAGAGGUGUUUGUGAAAAGCCCUCAUUCAAAUUCUCCGACAACACCCGCGACUUUUCGAAUCGCGGGCUAUUUCAGAGGAAGAUGCUGCAAGAUAUAUGGAAGCAAAGGCGAGGAGGUCGCGCGAAUAUCUCCGAAGAUGGCUAGCAAGUCGGUAAUGCUCGGAGAUGAUGUGUUCAGCUUAGUAGUUCAACCAGGGAUCGACUGCGAGAUGGUAAUGGCUUUCGUGGUGAUCAUGGAUAGGAUUUGUAAGAAGUCCUACAGCCCUCUAAUGUGUUCUUGAGAGUAUUGAGCAGAAGAACUAUUGUAUCAAAAACAGAAGCAGAAAUUUUCUGUAAAUCUCAAUUCAGGGAAGAAGAGAAAGGUUUCCUGCAAAUUUUGGAUAAAACAUCGGUUUUAGAAAGAAGAGUUAAGGUUACGCCGACUCCCGAACCAAGUAAAAGAUGAACAAGAGAAAAGAAACAGCCAUCAAAAUAUACGAUAAAUUACAGUUAAAAUAUGAUCAAUCGUAGAUUUGUAGAAUGAGUAGCCAAAGAGGAGUUUAAGGUAGAGCAGGAGUUGGUGAACCAAGAAGAAUGAGAUCGAAAAAAUGUAGUUGAUAUGCAAACUUUAACAACACUAGUAGAUGAUACUUACUAUACAAUCUUGCUUUGAAAUGAGUGAAAAAAAAAAAGGGAAAAAUGCAUCACUCUGGGGAGAUGGAAAUAC